AUGUUCCUGGCAGCUUCACGCAACCAGAGGGGUUUCAGCCACGCGCCUAUCAUGGCAGCCGCUGCGCCAACCCAUGGCGCGCGAGUUGCGACAGCCGUACGGUGUACCGCAGCGCACGCGCUGCGGCUCCUCCCGCUCCUCCUCCUCCUCUCGCUCCUACUCUCCCAGGCGGCUCGCCCCGUUGCCUCUCAGUCAGCCGCGGCGGCGCCCCGCCGCCUUCUCGCCACCGAGACGCCGGGCGACCACGUUUAUAUCGUCCGCCUUAAAGGAAACUCCGUUGCGGCCGAGAUUGGCGCGGACGGGAAUAAAGGAAACGGCGGCAAUGGCGGCGGUAACGGCGGAGCGAACGGGAGGAAUGAGCAGUGGCAAAAGAUCGACCGGAACUCGCCACGUGUCCAGGACCACGUGAGGCGAGUUAAGGCCCAGCACGCCCGAGUCGCGCGCGGCGCGGGGGUUCCCGACUCGGACGUGCUCUACAGCUACGUGUACUCGACCAACGAUCUCGCGGCUCGACUCUCCCCGCAACAGAAGCGCGCGUUAGAAGCAGACCCGGAAGUAGCAUACGUGCAAAAGAGCAAGAUUAGCAAGCUCGACGUGCUCGACUCGCCGAAUUUCCUCAAUCUGCCCAACACGCUCUGGAAGGCGAAUAAGGCCGCCUCGUUGACCGCGGCCGGCGCGGGGACGGUCAUUGGGCUCGUGGAUUCUGGCAUCUGGCCCGAACACCCUUCGUUCCAGGACCAGGUGACCAACCCGUAUCCAGACCCCCCUGCCACGUGGACGGGCAAGUGCCAGAACACGACGGAUUUCCCCAAGUGCACGCGGAAGCUCAUCGGCGCGCAGUACUUCAUCGCGGGAUUCCUCGCGGAUGGGCUGACCUACAACGACCCCAAAGACUGGCUCUCCCCGCGCGACGCGAACGGCCACGGCACGUACGCCCCAGCAGGCAACAGCAGAGGCAUUCCCAGAGACUUACAGUCCCCCGGUUCUCUUGCCAUCCCACCUCCCUCCUUCCCGUUCCCAGCGCCGCAGCAGGCACCGGCCCGGUCUCCUUCGGGGCCGCAGCAGGUACCAGCCCUGUGUCCUUCGGCUCGUCCAACCGCAUCGUGUGCCGCGUACAAGCUCUCACAGCCCUUCGGUUCUCUUCCCGUUUGCCCCCCCUUCCCCAUUCCCAGCGCCGCGGCAGGCACCGGCCCCGUCUCCUUCGGGUCGAUCAACUCCGUCGGUCUCGGCUCGUCCUACGGCGUGGCGCCGCGCGCCUUCCUGGCCAUGUACAAGGUGGCGUGGUACAGCGCCGCGUACGGCGGGCAAGUCAUCUCGGAGGCGGACGUCGUCGCGGCGGUAGACACGGCCGUUGCAGACGGCGUGGACGUGCUCUUGCUGUCGUUAGGAGGCAUGGACACCUCGGAAACCUACGUCACGGACCUGCCCUAUUUGGACACUCAUCUGGCGGGAGUGGUGGUGGUGAAAGCGGCUGGUAACUUCGGCCCUCCGCCCUUCCACCCCUCUCUCUACCGCGCCAUCUCCAACUUCUCGCCCUUCUUCCUCACUGUUGGCGCCAGCUCCAUCAGCCGCCGUUACAACGUGUCGCUCACCCUUGGUAACGGCACCGUGCUUUACGGGAAUGGGUUUGGCGGCGCGAGCAUGGGUGCCAACACCCCCCUCAUUGACGCUGCUAAAAUCCCCGCUGCUGGAUACGAUGCAUCUACAGCCAAAUACUGCAAGUACGGUUCACUCAGCACAACAUGGGUGGCUUGGCGCAUGGUGGUGUGCUUAUACGGAGGGGGAGUGAGCAAUGACGAGAAGGCAGCAGAGGUGGCAUGCGGCAAGGGUCUGGUUGUGCUUAUAGUGAAUGUGAUGCCGGCAGAUGAGGCUUCAGUGACUCGAUACAAAACCUUUUCUGUGAUGACUCUCUUCCCUCCUAACGAUGCCAUUCUUAACGAGUACCUGCUGUCUGCAAG